UGUAGCAAUGUUUUGCUUCCCUCUCUCCGAAAAUUUUUGGCGCCCUAUUUUCCCCCCUUAGCCUUCCCGAACCCUAAACCCCUCUCCUCGUACCAUCUUUUCCUCCCUUAGCCUUCCUACCGAAACCUUAAGCAUCAGCAUCCAAGAGGGAGUCCAACUUUAGCGUAGAUGGCUGAGGUUCCUUAAACAUCAACAUCCAAGGGGUUAGGCUAUGGGAGGGAGCAGCGGAUCUGUGCCGACUGGCCUGGUGGUGGAGGAUGAGUAUGCCACUGUGAGGACGUCAGUGUGGUGGGAUAUCAAGAACUGCCAGGUUCGAAAGGCAUGCGAUCUGCACCUGAUCGCCCAAAACAUAAGCUCAGUGUUGGCGGAGAUGGGGUACCGCGGCCCCGUCUCAAUCUCUGCCUUCAGAGACACAAGCAAGAUAGCCCAGCCCACGGUGCAAGCGCUGAACAGCACCGGCAUCGCUCUUAACCAUGUCCCUGCCGUUGCAGGUAAUCAAUUAGAAGCUUAAUGGCUAUGUAAGAAUAGAUGGUUGUUAUUCAGAAAACAUAUGCUGGACAAAGAGUGACAUGUUGGUGGCAAAUGGUAGUUGAUAGACUAUGUUGUAUUCAUGAUAGCUCUAAGAGGAUGACCAGGACUUCCCCCCAACACAACAAGCCUUGCAAAGAUUAUCAACAAUACAGAUAUGGUGCCAACUUUAUGUUGUUUUUUGUAUUUAUUUUGCAGUUUACUGAUGUUGGAUACAAAGUACUUCUGAAAAGAAUAGCCAGUAGCACUGAGAAAGAUAUUCUCCAAGGAAUUACAGGUUCAUCUAGGCCUGGAGAACUCUUGGCCGUAAUGGGGCCUUCAGCCAGUGGGAAAACUACUCUUCUCAGCCUCCUUGGUGGAAGAACUACUGCUAAUAUCGUUCAAGGAUCUAUCACAUAUAAUGAUGAACCAUAUUCCAAGUCCCUAAAGGGCAGGAUUGGGUUCGUCACCCAGGAUGAUGUUCUAUUUGCACAUCUCACCGUGAGAGAAACAUUAACUUAUGCCGCUUUGCUUAGACUUCCGAGGACAAUGAGUAGACAGCAGAAGGAAGAAAGGGUCGUGAAUGUUAUCACUGAGCUGGGGCUUCAGAGGUGCCAAGAUACCAUCGUUGGUGGAUCCUUCAUUAGAGGAGUUUCAGGUGGCGAGAGGAAAAGAGUUUGCAUUGGGAAUGAGAUCCUUGUUAAUCCAUCCUUGCUGUUCCUGGAUGAGCCGACAUCUGGUCUUGAUUCGACAACAACCCUUAGAGUUGUUCAAGUAUUGACUGAGAUAGCUGAGUCUGGCAAAACCGUCGUGACGACAAUUCAUCAACCAUCCAGUAGACUCUUUCACAGAUUUGACAAGCUGAUUCUGCUUGGAAAGGCUAGUUUGUUCUACUUUGGGAGGGCAUCAAAAGCCAUGUCCUACUUCUCAUCGACUGGAUUCUCUCCUCUGAUAGCGAUGAACCCAGCAGAGUUUUUAGUAGAUCUUGCAAAUGGCAACACCAAUGAUGUCACAGUGCCAACAGGAUUGGAGGACAAACUGCAAUCUAAAGAAUCAGGAAGGCACACAACAAGAGGCAAGCUAUCUGCAGAAGAUGUGCAUGAGUAUCUGGUGGCCGCUUAUGAGACAAAAUUUGCCGAGAAGAAGAAGAAGAUUCUGACUCCGCUUCCGAUAAACAGAGACUUGAAAUCAAUUGAGUUUUACAAAUCAAGAAUUUAAAAUCAUUGGGAUAAGUGACAAGCCUUGCAAAGAUGAAAUGUGAGUCUUUCCGGAUUGUGUUGUUUUAUUAUUUGUCAGUAUUUUGCAAUCAAUUGGUUUAUAAGAAUCUUUGAAUUUUUGAACCAUAUGUAAUGAAGCAUUGUUUUAAGAACUAGGAGAAGUUGUUUUUAUAUAAAUGGAGGCACUAGUGGCGGGCAUCUCCGGCAUCCGGGAAUUUUAUUUCUUAUGAGCUAUCACUGAGAGAUUUGGUGGAGACUCCAAGGAUAGUGAAGAAGGUGGAGGAAGCUGCAGAGAUGAGGCAGGAAGGGGCCAAGAAUAAGAUAGAGAAGGCAACGGAUAGAAGCAAAGGAGGCUUGUUCCUCAAAACCUCUGUGCCAGUUUUAGAUGGAGGGAAGACGAAGAGCUCGAGGUCUAAUUCUUUUGCAAAGGUGUCUCCAAAGCUAGAAGCAGAGAAGGGGCUGCAAGAGUUGCAAUAUAGGGGAGGAAGCAGAAUCAAAUGCAGUUCUGAAACAAGUAGCAGAAGCAGUAGCAGGUAAAUUUCUUCAGACAAAAAUCUCAUGUGCGUGUGUUGUUCGAAUGUAUUAUUUUGAUGUUUCAGGAAGAUGAGAGGCUACUGCUGUGGGUUCUUAGCUACAAACAAGAGCAAGUCCAAGGAAACAUCAAAGGAAGUCGAUUAAUGAAUCCUCUGUUAGAUUCAGGAGGUUUGCUAAUAGUGUAGUUAUCUCAUCAAGGACACGAAUGGUUAGAUUCUGGAGAGCUUGAGAAGUUGGAAAAAUGGCUGUGAUGAGAUAUGUGAUGAAGUAAUCACAAGGAACUUAUUUGUUCCUUAGUUGAAGAUUAUGAUGGGACUUGUUUAUUAGUUGUAAAUAGAACUUAUUUGUUUAUUUGUAUUGAGAUAAAUUUUAUUUAAA